ACCAGCUGCGGUCGGCCGCCGCGCCCCUGUCCGACCCGAGCGCUGUGAGGGGGUGCGCGACGCUGCGAGACCGGCGUGCCGAUAACAACAGGCCAGGUUACACGGCGGCGAGGACGCGACACAAGCCGGCGAUGAACGCCUCCAGCGGCUACCGCAACGCGUGCAGACCGCCCCAGCAGCAGACGGUCCGCCACGAGAUUCCCGUCCACGAGGCCGCGGUGCAGGCGUACCAGACGCAGCAGGAGGCCAUGCGGAGGGUACCGGUGCGGGCGCGUGGUGACCUCAAGUGGCCCCCCGAGUCCUACCGCAAGAAGCCCGGCGACGACCUGCCGCCGUCCCGGCUCGAGAAGCCUCGCCUCCCCAAGAAGGACUACUCGCAGUUUUUCGCGCAGAACACGCUACCGGACACCCACUGCGGGUACCGCGUGGCGCCGGGCGUGUGCCACAUCACCCCCGAGGAGGGCCGCUACAUCCCCAACGACACCACGGCCUUCUGAUGCGACGCUGAUGCCGCUUAACAGACUGACUCAGAGGCGGCACUGCCACCGCCACAGGUGGCGCUGCCGGCGCGGGGCUGUUGGCUGGCCUGGGCUGGCAGCCGUGUCGAUUACGUCACUGUCUGCCGAGCGCCAAGGCUGGAACGUUUUUUACUUGCUGCCAAACCUGCACUGAAAGUAUCAUUGUUAGACAAACGCCCAUGACUCGGCUGUCUGGGUGUAACUGCCGUCUAAGCCGCGACAAAAUGGAGUUGAGUAGCUUCUUUUGAUUAGCUGUCCGUCCACGACUUUGUAGUCGCUAAAAGGGAUCGUUCUCCGGUAAAGUUGUGUCGUACCUCGACUGUCUUGCCACGCUUCUUGAUACACUGCAAAAUAAACUAACGGACCUA